AUGCACGGCACCACCAAACUCCUCCUCGCCAUGACGGCCCUUGCGGGCACUUCGCUGUCUCAAAAAUCCGAUGCCGAAUUCUGCUCUUCGGCCUUGGCUUCCUUGGUCUCCCAGGUCGGAGAAUACGCUCCUACGACACCGGCCAAUAUUCUCUCCUAUAUCUCAGCGAGCGCCGCACCCACGGUACCUAUACCGACCACCAUUGAUUUUCAAUGGCAUGCGUCAGAACUCUGCUCGAUCGGCAGCGUGCUGCCCACUUCGCUCGUGCCUGAGUUUAAAAGCUUUGCCCAGGGCCUUCUUCAAUUCGGAAGAGAUCAUGAAAGCGAGUUUGUGUUCUACAUCACAGACUGUGAGCCGCAAAAUGAGGUCGCAAGCAUGACCAGCGCGCUUCACUCUUAUUUCACGGCAACGGACAACCCUUGCCCAACCACACCUGCCCCUGGCGCUUCAUCCAGCGGCAACUAUCCGACUACGCCCGCUGCGACGGCCACGAGCUCCCCAAAUUUCAACGGCACCUACACCACCUCGUUCGUCACAGCCGCUGCUGCCAGGCCCACAGGCGCUCUGUUAGGAGCCGCAGCCGGUAUCCUGGGCGCUGCAGCCAUGCUUUAA